GAGGAGUGUUUGUGUUGUGUUUAGAGGGAGGGACUCCAUCAUUUAGAGAAGUGAUGCAUCAGAAGUUCCUUAUUUGCCAGCGAGGAGAAAAAGAGCAGCAGCGAUAAACCAUCAGAACCUCGACAUGAAAGUCUCCAACACUUUGAUCAGCUUCUUCUUUCUCACAGCGUUUCAUGGUGGGAACUCUGGUCUCCUCUUUACAUCAAACCGCAUCCUGACAGGAACUGAAGGAGGAAAUAUUACAGUCACAUGCUCCUUUACUUUCCCUGGAAGCACAAAGUUCUUCUGCAGGCAGGAGUGUAAAGAAAACAUUCUUGUUGAAACGACACAAGACAAAGCGACAAACGGCCGAUACAGUAUUGAAUACAGCAAACCUUUUAUAUCUGCAGUUCUGAAUGUGAGCAUCACACAGCUGACCAAGUCUGACUCCGGACGGUACAGAUGUGGUCUGAAGAGAAACAUUAUUGUAGAUUCACACGAGGAGUUUGAGAUCAGUGUCACAGAUGCUCCGACCAGUUUAAAACCCAGCUGGUCUCCCCGGCUGUUUUCUGCAUCAGUCCCAUCAGACUCCACACCAACAACAACACAGAGUCUAAGCUCCAGAUCAGGAAGUUCCACACCUUCAUCACCUUUCCCUGAAAAAACCUCCCAGUCCAAACAGCAGCAGACUGAGCCAACAACAACAGCAACAACAUCAUCGGCACAUUCAGGGAAGCUGCUGUAUGUGGGUGUGACGCUGCUCGUCAAGAUCGUCGUCUUAUCACUGGCUGUGCUGACUUUCUGCAGGAGGAAGGCCAGGAAACUCCAAAAACUUCCUGUGGAAACAGAGCACACUUAUCCCACAGAGGCCAGCCGAACGUACGAGGAUAUCAGAGAGGAGGACAGACCGAGCAGACCUCCUCCUGUGGAAAUCUCCUCAGCUUACACUUGUGUCAAAUACACCAAACCAGACAAAGCUGAAGUCAGUGAUGAUUACAGCUUUGUCACUGACCCAAACUGCACCACUGCAGCCAGCCCUCAGCACAAAGCUGAGGAUGACUCAGAUGAACUCACCUACUCCAAGAUGGUUUUUCCCAACAGUACUGCUGCCUUGCUCAAAGGCACCCGCACCGGUAACACCAGUGAAGUCCUCUGUUCUGUACCUCAAGUGGGAGGAAGCUCUGAUCCCAGACGUGCCGAACACGACUCAGCUUCUCUGUACUCGACCGUUACUUUACCUCAGCAGUGACGU